GUUAGGCGGAGGGGAAAGCUGUCCUGACCUUCCCCUGCAGGUCAGCGGUGGCCCCUGGCUGCGGGGUCUGGGCGGCAGCUGGGAUCCCGCUCUGAGGCUCCCAAAGGCAGAUGGGCCCCUUCGAGGCUCCGAGAAGUUUCUGGAAGAGCUGGCUUGCCAUCGCAGAACCCAAACCCUGUCCCGACCGCAGAACUCCCUUUGGGUGUGUCCCCCUCCCCCUGCAGGAGUGUCCAGGGGCCUGGGAGGGGCCCUCCAGCUGGGUGCCAGGUGGACUGGACUGUGGCGCAGGCGACGCCCGAAGGCCCAGCCGUGCCGAGGCGGCUGUCACAGGACAGGGACGCGCCCUGGGAGGUGCUCACUGCGCCUGUCCAGCAGCGCGACGGUCCUCUGCAGCCCCCCAGCCCUGCGCUGAGCAGCGACGGCUUUUCAGGAGGCUCGGGGGCUCGGAAUCCAGGAAGUCCUGGUGCCCGGGGAGGGGCCCGCGGCCGGGAGCCUCGGUGGCGCCAGGUCCCAGUGCACGCUCCUCUCAGCGACAGGCAGCAGUCGCUUCUCCGUUUCCGAUGCUCUUGAUCCUCCUGGAGCCACAGCCGUAACCAUGGUGACGCGGGUCGAGGUUGGCUCCAUACCGUCCUUGACAGCAGUGCCAGGCCUCGGGGACAUGGGCAAGGAGGAGGCCCUGAAGAGGACUUACUUCUGCCCCACGGGGGACACCUCUGGGACGCCCUCGGCCCGGAUCUUGGAGGGCAAGAGCCCCCUGCGGAGCCCGGGCCGCCUCUUCCCUGUGCCCAGACUCGCCCCGCGGCCCUUCUCCAAGGACCAGGCCCCCGACAUGAAGGCCCCCAGCUCGGCCCUGUGGCCUGGGCCCGCCCAGCCGGGUCCCGCGGGGCCUUGUGACCUGGACAGGAGGAUGCCCAGCCUGGGGGGGCAGGGGGUGGACAGUGGAGUGGCCUCGGGGACAGGCCCGUCCCCACUCGGCAAGGCUGCCUGCCCACGGCCCAGCCCUGGCACCGCGCUUCUCUUUGAAGCCACCAGAACUGGUCCCACCCUGGGGAAGGGGCUCAGCGAGGGCACUGUGGCCGUGACCCCCGAGUCUCCUUCCAGCUCCCGGCCUGAGGUGGCCGCCAAGCCUGCCCGGAAGCCCCCAGGGGCCUUUCCCCGGCCGGCGUCACUGCCACAGGACACGCGACCAGCCAUCCCCCAAGAGGAGGCCACCCAUGACCAGCCGGUCCCAGAGGGCGGCGAGGAAGACCCCACGGGCCCCCCAGCAGAAUCCAGGCCUCGCCCCAAGAGAAGGCCCGUCUCGGCCAUGUUCAUGGAGCCCGGUCAGCCCCCGAAGCCGGGCCCAGGCGCAGGGGCCACUUCGGGGAAGGUGGCCCCGGCCCCGCCCGAGAAGACCUGGGUGAGGAAGCCCCGGCCAAUGUCCAUGGACCUCACGGCUCCGUUUGAGAGCAAGGAGGCCCUGCUGAGGAAGGGGACCCGUGAGGGGCCGCAGGGGACAGACAGGGCCAACCCGGAGCCCCGGGUGGACGGGGGGUGGCCUGCCAGAGCCGAGGGUCCCCAUGGGGACCCAGACACAAACUUCCUGGAGGUGGCCAAGAAGAUCCGUGAACGGAAGGAGAAGAGGCUUCUCAGGCAGGAAGAGACGGGCAGCCCCAGGAGCCCAGGGGACCCGGCCAGGGCGGGCACCGGACAUGACCCGCGUCCCCAGCAGGAGAAAGCCAGCCAGGGCCAGGAGCCAGAGAAGACGCCCCCGUGCCCGCUGCCCAGGUCAGCGAGGGGCCCGGAGCUCGCUGAGGUCAACAGCAGAGGGGGCGACAGGGAGGCCGCAGCGGGGACAGCGGGGCCCUCCAGGGGCUGCGUCAAGAAGCGCCUGAGCCUGUUCGGGGAGGAGAGUGGCCCGGGCCCCGCAGCAGCACGCGAGUCCCCACCGGCCACCCCUCAGUCCCCACCCACAGUGCCACCACCCCAGAAGGGGGGCGUGAGUGUCCAGGAGCGGAUCAAAGGCUGGACCGCGGAGGGCUCCAGGGGGAGGCCUGAGCUCAGGAGGAGGACGCUCCCGUCGUCGCGGCCGCUGUCGGCAGAUCUGACCAGACUGUUUUCAAGUUCAGCCUCCAGUAGCGACAUCAGGUGUGAGAAGACCGCUGUGCCCAGCCCCGCGCAUCCUGAGGAGCCCACGGCCGCGCAGAAGGAAGGACAGAGUCUGAACGGACGGACUUCCCCAAGGACCCUCUGGAAGCCUGAGGUCCCCCAGAAGAAGUGCAGGCAGCCGGCAGGCCAGGACAGCGCUGACCAGGUCGCCAGCCGCUGUCGGGGUGGCGGCUCCCCCGGGGCUCCAGGCUCCCCUGAGGCCACCCUGGAGGACGAGGGCAGCUUCCAGAAGGUGUGGGCCACUGUGUUCGAGCACCACGUGGAGCGACACUUGGUGGCUGACCUGUCGGGACACCGCCUCUCGGCCACAAUCCCUCAUAAUGGGGCAGAGCCCCCUGUCCCAGAGCCCAGACCCAGGCCCGAGAAGGGCCCUUGGUCGGCAGUGACGGUCCCCAGGAAGGAGAACCCCAGGAACCCCGAGAGCGCUGAGCCACGGAGGCUGGGACGAGGCUCCCUGGCCGAUGGGGAGCCAAGACCGGGCCACACGCCCGUCCUGGAAAAAUACCCUUUUGGUGACAAACGCACUAACAGCCCUGUCCCAAGGCCCUCGGAAAACCCCCCGGCGUGGCCGAUGGUGGAGCCCAGGUACGACGUGAUGCUCGCCGUCGGGGAACGCGCCCACAGCGAGGCUGUCCCCCUCGUGCCUGAGGCCAAGGCUGUCACGUUGCGAAGCAGCCGGACCCGGCCCUUGCUCAAGGACCGGCAGCUGUCCCAGGAGGCCACCUCCGCUGACUCGGAGCGCAGCCCACAUGGUCCCCAGGGGUGUGUCCAGAGGGCCAGUCUGAUGUGGGAAGCUCAGGGGCAGGAGGCCAGCGGGAGGCCUGUCUGUCGGGAGCCAAAGGACAUGCCCGGAGGCAGCUGCCCGUCACCCAGAUGGACAGGUGGGACGGUGGUAAAUCUGCAUAGAACCACCGUGGGGGUCAGCCAAGUGCCCUGUGCUCCUGAGGCCACUUCUUCCAGAACUGUCCAGGCUUCGGUCCAGGAGGCCCAACCCCGGGGCCCUGGGGGGGUCAGUGUGUCGGUGGCAGGAGAGGGUCCCUCCCAGGGGGACCUCCGGGGUCCUCCGGCCAGGACCAAGGACAAGCCCUUGAGCUCCCCGGCACAGGCAUGCCCAGAGAUGCAGCCUGUGCAGAAGGGGCCUCAUGUGGCUGCCAGCGCUGGUGACCCAGGGCUGGCCCAGGUCCCCGAAGCCAAGGUGUGGAAAACCAGUCCCACUACCCGGAGGGUGGACCGGUGGAGGCGGCGGACUUUACCCCACUAUGUGAAAUUUGAUGACUUCAGCUUCCUGGGCCCAGAGACCACUGCGAGAGCCGAGCAGAGGCGAGCCGAUUCCCUGGGCCCCACGGCCGGUGCCUUCCAGAACCCCCCCACCCCACCCGCCCGGGAGACCCAGGAGGAGGCCCCAGGGCCCUCAAGGACCUCCCCAGCAGCGAAGCCAGCGUCAUCUGUGGAGCCCAGGGUGACGUUUUUUGCAGUAACAUAUCAGAUUCCUGAUAUUCAAAAGACAAAAAGUGUCGUUAAGCUCGGGCCUGAGAACUCACAGGAACAUUCUAGAAAAACGGCCCCACCUCCCUCAUCCCACUCUCUCACAUCUGCUUUGGUUUCUCCCAACCACGGGGAGCCACAGGCGACUGCGGGCAGGAGAAGCUGGGCUCAGGGACCAGAGUGUGUCAAGGGAACCGACGUCUCCAGAGCCCCGAAGCCCACAGACCGCCCUUCGCCCCCCGGGGACGGGAUUCUGGACCCUUCCCGCGAGAGGAUCAUUGACGUGGACGCUUUAUCGACUCCUCGGGGGUCAGAAGAUGGCGGGGGUCUUCAGAGCAGCUGGAAGGACUGUGGAAAUAAGGUGUCCCAAACUACCCCGGCCCUGCGGAGUCGGCCAAAAGCCAGCAGCCUGCUGGUCAGAAGGAAGACCGAGGUGGUCAGCGAGACGUACCCAGGGAAAAUGAGGGACGGCUACAGACCUGGCGUCCUCGACAUCGACGCCCUGAUGGCCCAGUACCAGGAGCACGCGGAGCCCACCAGCUCGCCCCUCGAGAGGCCCGGCCGGCUGGGGAGGCAGGAGCUGGGCAGCGGGAGUCCCCAGGAGGCUGCAGGUGUCUGGAAGCGAGCCAGCCUGGCCGAACCCCUUCGCACGUCCAGCCCCAGCUCCCCCUGGCCGCCAGCAGAGACCCCAGGGCCAGCCCCGGCCACCAAGCCUAGCUCCCCUCUGUGGGCUCGGCCACUCUCCACUCCCACCGAGCAAUGUCCUGUGGCCUCUCGUGUCCCUGAUGGUCCCAGGCACAGAGUCUUGGGGGUCACCGAGAAUGAAAGCAGAGCCUCCGUCAGCCAGCUCAGGGCCAAGGGUCAGCAGUACCCUGCCGAGCGCAGGCCCCCUGCCCCCGAGGACCCGGCCAGUGGGGUGAGGGUAUCACCCAGAUCACCCGCCGAUGACCACAAGAAAAGGACUCCAAGGAAAUCCACUGGGGAGGGCGAGGAGGCCCCGGGGGGCGGCUCCCCACACCCCUGUGGAAGGUUGGUGCCGGACGUCAAGAGGUCCUGCUCCGAGAAGGGCCCCCGUGCCAGGACCCAGGAGGGUCUGUCCAUCAUGCAGGAAGCCAGAGAGAGGAGGCCAGAGCUACCCAGAGGGAGGCUCAGCCUCCCCGCGGAGAGUUCAGAAGCCAAAGCAGGACCGCGGAGGUGGGAGCCCAGGACUCAGGACAGCCACCAGGUGCCAUCGCGGGGCCUGGAGCCGGGGGAUGCCCUUCAGGAUAAUGAACAGCCACAUCGACAGGGAUCCCCUGUGGCCUCGGGACCUCAGAGAAGUCACAGCUUUUGCAAGGACAAGAGGAAUGGGCCUUUGGUGGCUCCUUGCCCCUGGCCCUGCCCAGAACUGCAGGAUCGCAGGGCCCUGACUCUGGCUCAGGAGCCGUCAGCCCAGAGCCGAGGGGCUGUGAGUGUCGGAGUCAGCAGCCACCUGCAGAGACAGACCCCCACGGGGGCGAGAGGUGUAGAGGCCAGAAAGGCUCCAGGUUCAGCUGCUGGACAGGACCACCUGAAGCAGUGUUUCUCCAGGCGACCCCCUGAGGCCAAGGACACAGACACCCUGGUGCACGAAGCCGACGGCCAGUAUGGGACAUGGGCAGACCAGCGCCAGAGUGGGGACAGCUUGGCCCCCGAGUCCCCGUCUCCGGACAGCAGCACCCCAUCAGCACGGAGACAGCCCCUCAGUGGCCGCUUGUCCUCUCUGUCCUCGCAAACGGAGCCCGCCUCGGCCGCCGACCAGCGGAGCACCAGCGUGGACCGCUCCAGCUCCGAGCUGGAGUCCACAGACGGGGCGGACGGGCUGCCCCCACAGGAGCCCUGCGCAGCCGGCAGAGCGGACGACUUCUCCUUCAUCGACCAAACCUCAGUCCUCGACUCCAGUGCCCUCAAGACCCGGGUGCAGCUCAGCAAAAGAAGUCGCCGCCGGGCUCCUAUCUCCCACUCUCUCCGGCGUAGUCAAUUCAGCAAGUCAGAGAGCCAGUCUCCUUUGGAGGAAGAGAUUGAUAGCAUGUGGAUGUUCAAGGACUCAACAGAAGAGAAGUCGCCCCGGAGGGAAGAGUCAGAUGAGGAGGAGAAGCCUCCUAGGGUGGAAAGAGCUCCCGCCAGCCUCCCUCAGAGGAUGCCCGUGUUCCCGGGCAUGGACCCGGCCGUGCUGAAGGCCCAGCUGCCCAGGAGGCCAGGGGUGGACAGUUCUGGAGAGACCCCUGGCUGGAGCCCCCAACCCAAAGCCCCCAAGUCCCCCUUCCAGCCUGGGGUGCUGGGAAGUCGCGUGCUGCCCUCCAGCAUGGACAAGGACGAGAGGUCAGAGGAGCCCUCUCCCCAGUGGCUGAAGGACCUGAAGUCCAAGAAGAGGCGGAGCCUGUAUGAGAACCAAGCUUGACCGGGCAGGGGACACCACCACAUCCAAUUAACAGAAGCCUUAAGUGCCAGACUGUCUGAACCCGCCGCUGAGGCCGAGCCGCCGUUCCUGCACCCCGCUCACGUGCCUGGGCCCCUCCCGAGGCCCGAGACUGCUGUCCAGAGCCCCAGGAUCCGGCCCCACUCAGCUCCCUAGACGGCACCGCUGCCUGGGAAGAGGCCCGGACACGCAGAAAGGCCCACGCCGCUGGGUCCUGCCUUUCCCUCAGAAGUUCGCAUCUCGACCCUCUCCCGGAGCUGUGGACGCCGGGGCUGGACUGUCACCCUGGGUCCUGGGAAAGCCCUGCAUUGGGAAGGCACCUCGCUCCUCCCCAGGCAGGUCUUCUGGGAAGGAGGUUUUCCAGAGAGUUCCAGUGUUUGCUCCCUGACACGGCCUUGGUCUGGGGCACCACCACGAGGCCACAGUUCCUGGUGACUUCUCGACAGGCUCCUUCCCCGGAAGGAGGCCGCAUUUGCAGUGUCCAGCCACCUUUCCAGUUCCUUCAAGGGUCUCUGUCCUUCCAGGAGCCAUGUGCAGGGUCGACUGCGUCAUCGUACGUCAUUUUUGUUUGCUUUAGAAGGUGAUAAAGCAAUAAUCCCGCCAAUUUUCUUUGAAACUCAAUACGUCCACAUUUGUAGAGGCCGGGAGGGAGGUCUGACGGCGAGCCAUGAAGUACCACCACCUGAGGUUGUCCAAGCUCGGUGAAACGGCCAUUGUCACCCUGGUUCCUUUCAGUCUGAUCCCUGGGGAGGCGGUGACCUUUGUCUCUGCAGCUGAGACGGCGCUCCCUUGCCCCGAGACAUCUGGCCUGCGCUGGGCCUCCUUUCCCCGGCCUGUUUUGAACCCCGCUGGCCUUCUGGGUAGAGGGACCGCCACUGCAAGCUGAGCUCAGGACACACAGGGUCCUGUCCUCUCUGUCCCACCCCAUCCCACCCCGCACACAGCUCCACCCGCCCAGGGCCCUUCCUGGUCCAAGUGCUGAUCUCACUCCAAGUCCUUCCCUGGAGGGGAGCCCCAGGCGGGGACUCUGGGCAGAAGUGCUGGGUGCUGGUGACACAGGGGGACCCACUUUACCUCUCUUUCUUGCUAGCUAUAAGCGAAGCCUGGGGCAGCCACAGCCUCUGGUGGCUCCUGACGCCUUCCCCACCUCUCGCUCUCCCUGGGAGUACUCAGCACCAGCACCUCCUCUUGGGAAACCCAGGCGCCAGCAAGCACCCUGCACCCGUCCUGCCUGGAGUCGUCACCAAUCUUGUGCCAACUUUGCCUGGGAGAUGUCCUCGGUGACAUUCUGGGCUGUGCAGGACUAUAGAGGGAUGCCAGGGCUGAGUGUCCUGGCGACCCCCACACAGCCCCAGCACCCGCUUCUUGGCUUCCCGAGUAGGGGCCAUCUCUGGGUAUCCCUUCUCUGCAGAUGUGUCAAGACCUGCUUCUCUUGUCUCUCGCUGGUCACGUCUCCACCGGUCCCCCGUCCCCACCUCCUGGUCUUCUCUGCCUUCACCGCCUUGUCUCUCUGUCCGGGGCACAGCAGCCCUCCGUCUCUCCAGGUUAGGACAAACACCUGUGCCCAGGGAGGGCCGGUGGUUCAGUACCAUGGACAGUGGCCACAGACCCCAGGGCACCCCACGCCAUCCCUGCCCCCUCCCAGCUUCUGCACCUGGGAGCCUCUUGUCCCCGUGUCUGCUGGGUGACACUCUGUAUUUCCUUCAUCCCUGAGUUAGUAGUCGGUGUCCUCUGCAGCCACCUGGGGACUCACUGCCUGUGGAACACCUUGAAUUGGUUUUCUUGAGGGUCUGUCUCGGUUUUCCAGCAGUUUUGAUGUGGUGGCUUUCCAAGUCAAGGGACACGUUCUUGAGUGUUUUGACGCUGACGUCUCAGUUUUAUCUUUUCUUGUGAGUGAAAGGGCUUCUUGUUCCCUCUCAGGAGCAGGCACAGAGCAGAUCUUGAUAUCCUGAUGCGACCACCAGGGGCGCGUAACCACUGAGCCACAUCCCCAGCCCUUUUUAAGUUUUUGUUUAGAGAGAGGGCCUCACUAAGUUGCUGAGUCCAGCCUCCAACUUGCGAUCCUCCUGCCUCAGCCUCCCAAGCCUCCGGGAUUACAGGUGUGCACUACCGUGCCCAGCAGAAUCCUCAAUUCUUAAUAUAGUAGCCCACCUGACAGGAAGGAGAUUCCUGACACGAGAGAUUCCAGACACAAGACUGCCCUGGGGUGGUUCUGUCCAGCCUUUCCCGCCUUGAUUGGCAGAAGUCUACUUAAUUCCCUGUUGAUGAAGAGGUGACACUGACCAUGAAUCUGGCCAGAACAAGCCUCUGCACCUUUGGCCAUGUGCCUCCUCAUCUCUUCCAGCACUCCAGGGCUGACAGUCACAGCCACACGGGUUCUCUGGACCCCAGGCUUCUGCUUAUGAUCAGCGUAAUGAAGUGACAGGUGGCUGAUGUUCCGGGGAUGGCCCCACGGGUUGCCGAUUUCUCCUUUGGAAAUCUGUCCCCUUUUAAACUACCUUAAUAUGCCUUAAUCCUCCAGGUGGCCCGAGCCCGGCCCCACCCAGCGUCCUCCCCGGCUCUCCCGCUGUGGACCCCACAUUCCCGUGCGGCUCGCCCCCUCCGCCCUUUGCACAUCAGCUCUUUGACAGCUGGCCUUUUGAUAGUCCGUACCUUGUCCUCUAGUUAGACCCCUCCCUCAUGGUCCCCACGGCCAGGGCUCGGGAAUCAGUGUUGGGAAGACUCUCAGCCCCCGAGAAUCAAGUGGGGGUGGACUUGUGGUCCCAGGGAGGUUGGGGGUUGGGAGCGGCGACAGCCUUACGUUUGACAAUCAGGGACAGGACAGUCAGAUGGUGGCGGUGCCUUCCAGGGGGACGGGCCAGGCGACAGAUGCGGAUGUUCCUCUGCGUGUCCCCGGGGGCGACGCCGGCCUGCUAAGGACUGGAUCAGGAAUAGUCGCAGGUCCCAGGCCUGGAGUGCAGGGGCUGAGCGGGGGACUUGGAAGGACCUUCAGGUGAUUUUCCUACCGCUGACCACAGCUUCUCCGCGUGCUGUCACGGUGCCACCUCCAUCUGUGCGUGGACCCUCCAGAACGCCCCAGGAGCUCGGCAGGACCGCAGAGCUGACACUCCCACCCCCUAGUUUAGAUACGUGGGCCGUGGCCAGGUGGACGGUUCCCAAGUGACACUGCGGCAGCCUCUGUGCCUUCGCCACACCGUGUGUUGAAACAGGAACGCAAAAGGCCCAGGGGAUCCUGGUUCCCUGGGGCAGGAGGGACAGUGUGCGAGGAGGGGGACACUGGACCUGCGCCACAUCCAGAAAGGGUAGAGCAAGGGGCGGGUCUGUGCUGAGAAGCUCCCGGAGUGACCCUCUGGGCAGGCCGGGGCUCUGGAAGCCAGCAGGCCCAGUGAGCUGGCUGUCCCCCUGGGUCCCUUGCUCUCUGUGUCCAGUUGGCUUCUGUGGGAAGGUGGGUGGGAAGCCAGGUCUCUUUUCCAGAAAGUCAACCGGACGCUUUUGGCAAGGAAACGCUUGAAGUGGAUGCCUGAGCCUGUCCCCUCGCUGCCCGGGAGCUCCUUAAACCGUCGUGCUCUGACCCGUGCCCCGUCUCCUCCUGCCAUGACUCGGACCUGCCCUUCUGUGACAAUCACCGGUGGCAUCAGGCCGCUGGACAUUGAUGUCAUGGUCUAAAGAAGAAUCUGAGCUUUUUAGUGGCCUCAUCCGACACGGCCUUACGGAUCCUUAAAUCCCGGGUUCACACACGUCCUCGACUGCAUUAGGGAAGAGACUUUACUUCUGUCAUUUCCUAAACCCCGACAAUGCCCUGACAGUCCUGCUCUUCCCCGGGCAGGCGAUCUUGGCCCUCAGGACACUCCUGGUCGGGGGCAGGAGGGUGGAAAUCCAUAUGCACAGAGUCUCUAUUUUCCUAGUCAUUCUUGGGGGUCCCUCCCGGGAUCUUUGAGUCACCAUCGAAGGUGUCAGUUCCGGGGACAGGUGCAGCCUCCUGCCCGCCAGGUUGUCGCAGUGGCCUUAUGAACCCCCAGGCUCCGGGCCUUCUGGACAGAGGGCAGGCGAGAGGCACCUGAGCCAGUCCCGGGAACAACCUGUCACCGCGUGGCUGAGAAUUCAUCUAGAAAGUCCUCUAUUUUUCAUGUGAAAGCCCCGUGGGGCUCCCUGACCUCACGGCGUCACGUGUCUACAAGUGCUUUCAUAUUUGUGACUGUACAGAGGCCCUGCCUGUCUCCAGAGCAGCUGGGGACAGUCCACUGCAGUGAGGAGCCUGGGCUGGGCUUGCACAGAGAUGCUGCGUUUGGACCAUGAACAUAGCAAAUAAAGCUUGGACCAAGUGGCGUUGCAGAA